AGAUGAGGGACAAAAUUUGCAUGUAUCUAUGAGAGGGCACCAUUUCAGAGCAGUUACAACUGGGAAACUUUGAAAGGGCAUUUCCUGACAGACUUUGUCAGCUGAACUUUGGGAGUAACAAGGCUGUUGUAAGCCUUCAGAAACCAUCUCUGUAAACUGGGACGAUGAUGUGUGGUGUUUUUAUUUUUCCUGGAGUCUAAGGAGUUUUCCUUUCCAGUAGCAGACGCCUUCUCUUUAGAGGAUGCCUGUGUUGAAUAGAUUUUUCAACGUGUUGGACAUGGGUAGACAGUGGGGAACUGAUGAGGAUCUGAUGCCCUUGUCCAUGGGCCGCUGGCCCUUCUGUCAGCCGGGAAUCCUAGCUUGGGAGCUGCCGGAGAUGUUCAAAAUGGUAAAGUUGAUUUGGAACUCAAAAAGUGAUCUCCAGGGAACAAAGCAGAGAGGAGUCCUAGAAAACCAAGAUGCUCCAAAUAGUUUAUCAGGAGAUGUGCGGCUGAGAGGUCAGACAGGGGUUCACUCUGAGCGACGUGGUUCCUACCCAUUUAUAGACUUCCGUCUUCUCAACAAUACCAUUUACUCAGGGGAAAUUAGCACAAAGAAAAAGGUAAAGAGACUGUUAAGCUUUCAGAGAUAUUUCCAUGCAUCCAGGCUCUUGCGUGGAAUCGUACCACAAAGUUCACUGUAUUUGCUGGAUGAAGACUAUCUUGGUCAAGCAAGGCACAUGCUAUCCAAAGUGGGAAUGUGGGAUUUUGACAUUUUCUUGUUUGACCGCUUGACAAAUGGAAACAGUCUAGUAACCUUGCUGUGCCACCUCUUCAAUGUUCAUGGGCUUAUCCAUCAUUUUCAGUUAGACAUGGUUACAUUACACAGAUUCCUAGUUAUGGUGCAAGAAGAUUAUCAUAGCCAAAACCCAUACCACAAUGCUGUCCAUGCUGCUGAUGUCACACAAGCUAUACACUGCUACCUAAAGGAGCCCAAGCUUGCUAACUUCCUCACACCUCUGGACAUUAUGCUGGGACUACUGGCUGCUGCAGCACAUGAUGUAGAUCAUCCAGGAGUCAACCAACCAUUUUUGAUAAAAACCAAACACCAUCUUGCCAGUUUAUACCAGAAUGUCUCUGUAUUAGAAAACCAUCACUGGAGAUCUACAGUAGGCAUGCUUCGAGAAUCAAGGCUACUUGCACAUCUGCCAAAGGAAGAGAGGCAUGAUAUUGAACAACAGCUGGGCUCUCUGAUCUUAGCAACAGACAUCAAUAGGCAGAAUGAAUUUCUGACUCGUUUGAAAGCUCAUCUCAAAAAUCAGGAUCUGAGGUUAGAGGAGGCACCAGAUCGGCAUUUUAUGCUUCAGAUUGCACUCAAGUGUGCAGACAUCUGCAAUCCUUGCCGACUCUGGGAGAUGAGCAAACAGUGGAGUGAAAGAGUUUGUGAGGAAUUCUAUAGGCAAGGUGACCUGGAGCAGAAAUUUGAUCUGGAAAUAAGUCCUCUUUGUAAUCAGCAAAAAGACACAAUCCCUAGUAUACAAAUUGGCUUCAUGACCUACAUUGUGGAGCCACUCUUUGAAGAAUGGGCCAACUUUACUGGGAACACUCCCUUAUCAGAAAACAUGCAAAAUCAUCUGCGGAGGAACAAGGCCAAGUGGAAGAAUUUACUUCACAAGCAACACAGCAGUAGCUGGAGCACUGGCCACUCAGAUCAAGGAACUGAAAAUGAAGAACAGACUUUAAAUGAAGGAGAAACCCCAUAGUGGCAGCUUAGCACUUUGUGCUGCAAUGCCACUGUCUUUCACAACUGUGAACAAAAUGCUAAGGGUCCGUUAGGCCAUCGUUAACCAAGCAGGAAGGGAAGAAAGCAGGGAGGAAAACAGAAGAUUUGGGAGUUCUCCCCAAUUAAAACCCACACCACUUCUGGGUUUGAUGCUAAAGCUCCGCUGAAUCCCACUUCCUCAUCUUAAUAGCUGAAGCCAUUCAUCACUUCUGAUCAUGAACUGCUUAAAUGAGAAGCUUCAUUCAGUAGUGCUGAAGCUGGGCCAGUAUGCGGGUGUCAACUACCAAGAGGCUUCAAGGGGACAGGCAAGACCAGUGCACUCUUGAUUAUUGGUUUCAUUCACUUUGAGUCAUACUGUGACAUGGCUCUUUGAAUGAAGGCCUGAAGCAGUGUACAGUCUUCAGUCUGGCAGCUGGGCUGCACAUCAAAAUCAUCACCAGCACUGUCAGAAUUCAGAGGAAAUCUGGCCACACAGAAGAAAAUAUCUCAUUUUAAAUAAUUAAAGCCUUUUUAAUUUUUUUAUUUGGUGCACUGGACAAAGAAUCUAAAAACCUUGAACUAAGGUUAUUCUGUGUACUCAAAGCUUUUUCAUGAUAGUGCCCAUUUUGUUAAUCAUUUUAUGCCACUUUAGAUAUGCCUGACAUUCUUCUCACUGCAAGAACAGUUUUUCUAGCCAAUCAAAGGGAAGAGUUGGACAGUCCAAAUGUUUCCAGAUGUCUCUUUUGAUGACUGUAUCUGUGAUCUGUUUAUAUUCGCACAUGUAUGUCUCCUGUAUAUAUAAAGCGCUACUGAUUCCCAUGCCAAAAUACUGAAGUAUUAUGGGAAAGCUAUCUGUAUAAACAAUGGCACUGUGAACAAAAUACUGUUAGUUUUAGUAUCGGAAGCAUUUGUAAAUAUAUUAUGGACUAUUAAUACUUCUGUUUGCAGAUAAAAGCCUUAACUUUUAGCAUCCUUCACUUUCUGAUGGCUACCAAACUCACAUCAUUUCAGUGCUUUCACUUGUCCACAAAGGGUUAGAUAGGAGUGGUAUCUACCGAGGCAAUCUUUUGGAAAGCUUUAUAUGCAUUCCUUUACAUUUUUCAUAUCUAACAAAGAUACACCUCAACACAAUUACCCAAAACUGAAAAUGGAAAUCUCAGUUGAUGUCCAUAGAGAUGUCAUAUUACUUAGAAACACAAUGGCAAGUUGCAGAGUUAGAAUGAUCUUGAAUUGGACAUUAAGACGCUAGAACAGUCUUUCAAAUAACACUCAGCAAGUAAAAAAUUACUUAAUGAGUAAUUUUUACGGCAUGAGCCCUGUUUGUAAGACUUGGCUUUGUCACAAUAAAGAAAAAUGUGAUUUCCUUUUUCUUACUACUACAAUUAUACUACUACUAAUUCUUCUCAUUUACUGCUCUUUAGUGCCCCACUCAGAGUGGUGAAUAAAGUCAGUGUUAUUAUCCCCACACUACAGCAGGGGAGCUGGGGCUGAGAGGAGUGGCUUACCCAAGGCCACCUGGUGGGCUCAUGGCAAUAGAGGCAUUCAAACCAGCAGAGUGCUGACUUGGAGUCCAAGUACUUAACCACUACGCUACAGCAGCUAGUACCAGAAUUUCCUUUCCAUGAACUUUAUUCUUAAAAAGACAUGGUUAAUCACCAAUAUAAGUUGUUAACUUUGGUCAAGGCAUUCUUUAUUAGUGUUGUCUUGUGCCUUUGGUCAGGUGAGAUUUCUGGGUUGGGUUCUAACUCAUUACAGCAUUCAUUCCAUCUUGUGAGGCAACUUCUGUUACUUAAUGUAGCAGUAUACUGCUGCAUCCAUUUGAGAACAUUUUUGCUUGCAUUUUUCUCACUGCUUUAGUGCUCUACCUGCAUCAUUUGCAAACAGCUAGUGGUUGAUGCACGGGGCUUUGGGACAGGUUUGAAAAUGUCUCCAGCAGAGGAGUAUAAAGUAGUGGUUAAGACACUUAAAUGUUACGACAUUGGUAAGAAUAAAAAUUCUGUUCCCAUCAAGGCACCUCUUUUCCAUUAAAUAUUUCCCAGAAUAGAUGGACAAUUGUAUAUAUUUCCUUAUCUUGCUUUCCUGUUCAGUACAGUUCUGAUAAAUGUGUGUUUUAUAGACAAGCAUAUACACCAUUAUACAGUUCUAGGUAAGAGUUAAGCCAUCAACUAAAAAGCAUGUUCUUGGGACAUUGUUAGGCAUAUGUGUUGCACUUAAACUGAAAGAUCCUCUUUUCAGUAAAUAUAAAUUCAUCCUGGUUUCAAAUUGUAGAAUUACAUUAAAACCAAAACAUUAUGCAACUAUAGUGAGGUAGUCUGCUUUAUGUACUCAACAGAUGAAUUUCAAAAGAAAGUGAAUCCAUACAAGUAUAUGCCAGCCCAAACAUCAUUGUGCAUUAGUCAGCAGAAAACUGACAAAAAUUAACUAAGCAUUAGACUGUGGAAAAUCCAGUUAUUACCUAAUCAAUUCAAUAUAAAUGCAAUACAAUAACAUUAUGAAGUUUAGUGAUGUCUAAAUUUGAACACAUGAAAAACACAAAUUCACAAUGGUGUAAGAGAAUACUGAUUUCCAUGGCAAGCCAAAUUAAAAAUUAACUAUUGUGCACUGUUUAUAUUAUAAAAUUGAAUACUCCAUUUUACUAUUUUUGGAAGAAAUUGUAUAGAGAUUUAAGUAUAAGACUCCACUUCUAGCUACAAUGUGCCUCAAGGAAUUCACAAGACUAAGACAAGGAUUCAAGAAUUACUGCACAAUCCUAUUAAACGUUUGCUUAAAUGCUUUUCUUAAGUGAAGAAAUGGUGCUUCUGUUGUUAUGCAACAUUCAAAAUUACCAUCAGAGUAAAGUUGGUUGAAUAGUCUUUCCCACCUCCCUACUCCGGCUGUAGCCCAUAGAGCCCUCACUGGUGGGAAGUAGGAAUUGGGGGGGGGGGGAGGAAUUGCCUUUUCUGCUAAAGAAAGUCAUCUUGAUGUCAAAUAGGGACAUCCACAUUUAGAGGCAGUAAACCUCCGAAUACUAGUGCCAGGAGGCAACAUUAGGGGAAGGCCUGGUCCUCUCUGCGCCCUGUAGUUGGCCCUCCACAGUAACUGGUUGGCCUCUGUGUGAGACAGGAUGCUAAACUUCAUGGACCACUGGACUGAUCCAGCAGGGCUCAUGUUCUUAACUUUGGAUCCAUUUUAGACUAUGGCAAUAUUUUAGCAGCAGUUCACAUAACUAAAACCUUUUCACGUCUGCUAACAUUACUGAACUAUAAAGUGUUCAGUUGAUAAGGUACUCUGUUGAUGGCAGCAAUUUUAGUUGCACCAACAUGCAAGAAUUGCUACUAUUAUAUGGGCAAUGCAGGGGCAUGGAUCAGUGGUAGAGCAUUUGAUUUGAAUUCCAAGGUUCAAUUCCCAGCAUCUCAACUUUAAAAGUUAAGGGAGAAGCUAAUGUAAAUGACCUCUACCUGAGAAAUGGAGAGCUGCAGCCAGUCAGAAUAGACAAUAUUGAUCUUGAUGGAUCAUGGCUUAAAUGAGAUCUUAGGUUGAGAAAAACUGCUGGUAAGCUCAUUACAGUAAUAGAAAAAUAUCUUAUUAUAGGAAAUUUAAACCUAUUGUCCAUGGAGAAAGUAAGCAACAAAUCAGUAAGAUUUACUACUAAAAUUUUCACCAUCAGAUAAUAGUAACUGGGUAAUAAUGAACUAAAUAAGCCUGCGUCAUUUUAAACAUCUAUUAUCUACAACAGUAUCUGUAUAUCUUUUUGAAGAUUUAUCAAAAAAGACAGGGGAAAAAGCAACUAAACAAGGGUUAGGUGUCUUACAUUUAAGUCCCUUUUCAAAUUUUUCAAGAUUGCCUGGUCAGACUCUUCUCAUUAUAGGAGGCAAGUGUGCUGUUUUUUACACUGUAUUGAUAACAAACUUCAAAACACUUGCUCAAGUUACCUAACUUAUACUAGUCCAAACUAGAGAUGGGCACGAACUGCAAGACAAACUAAAGCUCGUCACGAACUGGGCCGGUUCGUGCUUCCUGAACCAGUGGUUCGUGGAAGCCUGUUUUCAACGAACUUCCACAAACUGGUCUGCUGGUUCGUUUGGUUCAUGUUAAACCCAAAUACCCCUUUCCAUGCUGCUGCUAAGGCAUGGGGGUGAAAUGCCCUUUCUGUGCCGCUGCGAAAUGGCAGGGAGAGGGGCAUUUCAAUCCUCGGGUUCAGUUUCUUGUCAGGGAUUUCCCCGACAAGCAGCUGAUCCAAGCUUGCAGGGGUGAAAUGCCCCUUUCCCUGCCGCUUUGAAGCAGCACGGAAAGGGGCAUUUAAACCCCACAAAUCAUGAACUGGUUCACGAACUGGGCCAAGUUCGUGAUUCGUGAAACAGGACAAACCAUGAACCGUAUGGUUUGUUUUUUCCCGGUUCAUGCCCACCUCUAGUCCAAACCCAAAUACUAAAUGUCAGAAAUUCAACUGAUUUCCAAGAAACAUACUUCAGCAUAAAUGUGCUUAGAAAUUGCAGGGGUGUGCAUGUGUUUAUGUAUACACAUAAUAUAUAAAACCUACAAUGAGACGAUGGCCCACCUUCAUGUUAACCCGUUAACAGAAUGUAUUUCUUGGGGCCAGUUCUCAUCUUUUCUCUGUGGAAAAAUGGCAUCAGAAAAACAGGGUUUGUUCUAUCACAAAUAAGUGUAUUGACUAAGCCACGUACCAAGCACAGUAUAUUCCCUGGUCAAAGUGGGCUUCUUAAGUAAUAUGGGUUUGAGAUACAAAUUAAUUAAUAUUUGUACUAAAGCAGAAUUUUUUUAUUACAAGAGAUGACAAAAUAAAACAAAUACCAAAAAUUUA